CAUGGCGCAAAGCAGUAUGGUAAAUGUAGUUUCACUUCUUUUGAUGACCCGCCACAAGCUAAAAGAGUUGACAAUCAUUUAACUGACUUUUAAUGUCUAUUUGGGCGUGUAUCUUCCUAAGUGCAUUCAUUUUGGACACCUAACACUAACCCUGACUGAUCAACGUUCAAACGCUGUCAACAGCCAAGUCGUCUAACGCACCAUGGGCCGCGGGUACACGGUAGACGACACCGUGGAGGUGUAUCUCUCCAAACUAUGCGAUCAGCCGGCAGCUACCGUCACAGGUGUGCUGGUUGGACAGAGCUCACCUCAGAGAGAUGUUGUUGUGAUGGCGUGCAGGACGCCGCCAAGACAGGAGGGCCUUGUGGGUGUAGGAAAGUCCUUGGACAAGGAGUGGAUCAGCGAGCAUGCUCGACAGGUGUCCAGAAUGUUGCCUGGGGGCUUGUCUGUGUUAGGGGUCUUCAUCAUCACUGAUGCAGACGCCAAGGAAACACUCACCUCACUUCGUCAGCUGGUGUUCACGGUGCAGAGUCUCAUCUCUUCUGAGCAUGUGUGGAAGCCUGCUGAUGAUGACGUCACAGACUGCCUGGCACUGCACAUCAACCCCAAAUCCAGAAAAAUCAUGUGCAGGACCUUUGAUAUUAAAGACCCCAAGAGUAUGGCCAAGCCUGCUGAUUGGAAGUACCAGUCAGGCGUGUCUUCCUCCUGGUCCAUGGUCACUUGUUCUGUCAGGGUGGACCUCUUGCUGCCACUUCCAGACUGCUCACAGAGCAUGGAGAAGUGUGUGGAGGAGGCAGUGAGAGAGUGGGCGAGGCAGAUGGAGAAGACCGUGUGUCUGCUUGAUGGCACGCAGCUGCCAGAGGAUGCAGAACUUACAGCAGGACAGAAGAGGAACGUGAGACAAGUUUUCACCGCCCAGCUGCUCGUCACACCGGACCAGGGCAGGUUGACCAGUGUGGUCCAGCAGUGCGGAGGCAGCUUGGCCCUCAGAGGAGUGGUACACAGCCGGGCUUACCUGCACAACAACAGACCGAAGGCCAAGAUGGCGGAGAAGCUGCUGAAGAGAGACGUCCUCUCCACCGUGGUCACCAGACUUCAUAUGUGGCUGGAAGAGCAGCCCAGCUCAGAGAACCUGGUCAAGGGAGUCAGCAGAGACCAAGGCACAGAAACAUUCUGCCUCCCUCACCGAGUCUUUUCUCCCGUGGGAGUGGGCGGGCCUCUGUUUGUGUGCGACUAUCAGUUCAAGGACGAGGACCCGAUGGAAGUGAUUGACAGGCUGAAGGAAAUGCUGGACAUUGAUGCGGCCCACAAGGACUUGGACACCCAGCUGGAGGUUGCUGCUGAAGUGCACCACCCGGCAGAGGCUCCUGUGGAACACAUUGCAGUACGAGAGCCCAAGAGGAACAACUACAUAGGUCAUUUCAUGGACGGACAUAAACAUGAUGAGAACUCACCCAGCUGAGCCUGGUUGCCGUCUGACAGCUGGAUGAGGGCGCUGUCCUUCUUGUUGUAGAGGAUCUUCACCCGCUGCACGUCACCAUAGACGCCUACAAGUAGAGCGAGAGAGAGACGGACGGAGAGAGAGACAGACAGAUAGAGAGAGCACAAGGUGGAGGAGAGAAAAGACAGAGCAGGAGAGGAGGAGGCCACCAAGAUAAAAGGAUGGAAGGAAUUCAGUUAGUGCUAAGAGACAAGGACAGGGUCUUCCCUUUUGACUGCUACUUCAUGUUUAACAACUGGAUUGAUUGACACAAUGUGCUUGAGGAGAGAAGCUUAACACACAACAUCAAGAGGAAUAUAUGCAUUUUUCUAAAGCCCAGGUGUGCUAAUUUGAGAGGGAGGAGAGUCCCACUGCUUGCUGGCUGUACACUCUCCUUUAGAUGUCAUCCAUCACCUGGCAGGCUGCACUGGAACAUGAUGACAUGCCACUCACAAAUGGCUUUUGGAACAAUACACCCUCAAUUCUGGACUAGAAGCCGCUACUUUUGUCCUACGCUUUCAACUCCGCGGCUUAUAAAACGGUGCUGCUAAUUUAGGAAUUUGUGUCCGCUGACGGCCAUAAUGCAAAUAGUUUUUUAAAUAUACAGGCAAAUACACUGCACAGGUGUUAUAUAGCGCCAUCUUUUGGACAAGUUUGCUCAAUGCAGGCGCUGCAGUGCCCUUCUGUUUACUGCUUUCAACAGGAAGUACGAUUGCCGUUCCAUAUUCUAGCCGUCCAUAGCGUUUUUACAUUUAUCACUCCACACAAUGUUUGUAAGUUUUACAAUAUAACUAAAACAAUUCUUACUUACUAAAGCGUCCCAUGUGUGAUGUGUGUAGGAGUGUUUUCAUGCAUAUUUGUACGUGCUAUCAUGAUCGAAUGAAGCUACCUUCAUUAGCAUUAGCUAAUAACACGUUUACACGUCCCUGUGUUAGUAUUAUUAACUAACAAUGGCAUUCUUUUUGUAUUGUUUCACUUUCGUAUCUGUUUAGUGGGUCAAUAAUGACCAUGACUUCUGUUGUGUUUCAUCAGCCGUGUUACAGGCGCCGGCUGGAAACAACAUUUACAGAAUAUUUCUGUGUAAAUAAGUCAUUUUACAACAUACAUAUAUAUCUGCGGCUUAUAGUCCGGUGCGGCUAACAUAUGGUAACAUAUUUUUCUUCUUCUAAAAAUGUAGAUAAAAUGAUUAGAUUCUCUAUAGUCUGGAAAAUAGUGUAGAUAAAUUGUCCGUUAUGUACCUGGCCAGGAUUUCCCAUAUAUUCAUCACAAGUCAAUUUAAUGGUCAAAUAAAAAAAAGGUGUAUAUUUUGUGAUACAGUUGGUAAGACUUGACAUUAUUUGAUAAAACUACUGUAGUUGUUGGUAGUACACAGCUUUGUAAUGUUUUCUCAUGCGAUACAGUGUUCCCUCGCUACAACACGCUUCACUUUACACGGCCUCGCUGUUCCACAC